AGAGAUAAAUUAAAAAGUGAGGGGUGGAGAUUUUAUUGGGAUAAUUUACAUUUUUGCACCUUCUUCUUUGUUUCCCCAAAACCCUUGGUUCGCUUAUGCUCAAGCUCUUCCAUUUAUUCACAGGACUCAAGCUGAAAUAUAUUGAGCGCAAUAGUCCUUCCAAUUCUGGAGAAUUUGACACUCAUAGACAAAUUGUUACCAGUACAGCUUUGUAAUUCAAUCUAUUGCUUACAGAAGGAAAUAGAAUCCAUUACCAUUUGAAAGCCUUUCUUGAUGCUGGGGAACUAGAAGAGGAUACAGGCCUCUAUGAUCUGUACACUCUAAUGAUCCAAGCAGUCAUUUGGAACAUUUCAGACUCCCAUAAGAAAUAGGAUUGAAACUAAACGAACUGUUAGCCGUUAGCUAUGAGCAAUGCAUGCGUUUCGAGAUUCAGCAGCAUUCAGAUAGCAGCUGUCCCAUUUCCUGGCAGAAGCUAUCAUGGCAUUGUUUUCUUGAGGAACUUCUCAACUUUGACAGCACCAUGUAUCUCUCCAAGCAUUCCUCUCAGUUAUCCUCCACCAUCAGUAGUUUCAGUGGCCUGCCUAACCCAAUCAGAUGCUCCACAACGUUCUGAGGAGUGGUUUACCCUUCGCAAAGACAAAUUGACUACAAGCACCUUCAGCACUGCUUUAGGAUUCUGGAAAGGGAAUCGACGAUAUGAGCUCUGGAAUGAGAAGGUAUUUGCUCCAGAAGUUCAAUUACUACCAUCUCCGAGCAGGAGUGCCAUGGAUUGGGGUGUUCUCAUGGAAGCAGUAGCCAUAGAACGCUAUAAAAGCAUCACUGGUCGUGAUGUGAGCUCACUCGGGUUCGCAGUCCAUUCGGAUGAGCGAUUGGAUUGGGUUGGUGCCUCCCCGGAUGGUCUUCUUGGAAGCUUGCCUGGAGGUGGGAUCCUGGAAGUGAAAUGUCCAUACAACAAAGGAAAACCAGAAAAGGGUCUCCCGUGGUCAACUAUGCCAUUCUACUACAUGCCUCAGGUGCAAGGGCAAAUGGAAAUCAUGGACAGAGAUUGGGUUGAUGUAUAUUGUUGGACACCAAACGGGAGUGCAAUAUUCCGUGUCUACCGAGACCGGAGUUACUGGGAGUUAAUGCAUGGAAUUUUAUGGGAAUUUUGGUGGGAAAAUGUGGUUCCUGCUAGAGAAGCUCUUAUAAUGGGAAAUGAAGAGGGUGCCACAGCCUAUAAACCAACAUCAACACACAAAAAAACAGGACUUGUCAUUUCAAGAAGCUUGAAGUUGGCAGGUGAGUCAAAGAUGUUGUGCAGGGAUAUUGCUGGUCAUAUUGAAUUUUUUCGCUAGUGUGACCAACGAGCAUUCAACGCGCAAGUUGAUGAUUUUUUUUGGUGAAGGAGCGCCUUAUCGCCAUUUUUCUGGGCGAAUCUUGAUCAAGUCAAGCUCCAAUGCAAGUACUGAACACUAGGUGGGAAACCAAGAAAAUACAUGCGAAGUUGUACGCCUGUUUUCUAGAGCUUGGCAUCUUGAUAGCUAGUCUAUAUGGUCGAAGUUGGGACAAUUACAACAGCAUACGCCACAUUGUGCUAGAGUUCCACUUGUUAAAGUUUUGAAAUCCAGCACGGUAGAUGUUCGAUUCGAGUUGUUUCGUGUUUUAAGUAGGGGUAUUUUUGUGCAGGUGUUAUUUUACGAAGAUGCCUGAAGAAACCAUGUAACGUUAUUCGAGUAUUUCGAAUAGAUUUUUCUGCAUUUUGUCA